AUGGCAGUCAGCCCCUUGGAGCAGCAGCUGGGCAGCCUCACCGUCUUCACCAGAGAUGAUUUUGAGGAAGAACGGUGCUGAGUAGCCAGUGGUGGCUUCAGCCGGGUGUUCCAGGCAAGGCAUAAGCGCUGGAGGACCCAGUAUGCCAUCAAGUGCUCCCCGUGCCUCCAGAAGGAAACCACCAGCUCUGAGAUGAGUUGUCUCUUUGAAGAAGCUGUCAAAACGGAGAUUACGUUUCAACACAAUGUGUCCAUCUAUGGGGUUUGCAAGCAGCCACUGGGCAUUGUGAUGGAGUUCAUGGCCAGUGGUUCCCUGGAGAAGAUAUUACCUACCCACAGCCUCAGCUGGCCACUCAAGUUCUGCAUCAUGCAUGAGACCAGCUUGGCCAUGAACUUCCUGCACAGCAUUAAGCCACCCCUGCUCCACCUAGACCUCAAACCAGGCAACAUCCUGCUGGAUAACAACGUGCAAGUCAAGCCUGGAUCUUUCCUUGUAGGGCUCAAUAUGAUAACCAUCAUCACCCAGGUAGCUGCAGGCAUGAGGCCCUCCUUGCAGCCUGAAUGGCCAGAGGAGGCCCAUCAGAUGGUGAACCUGAUGAAGCGCUGCUGUGACCAAGACCCCAAGAAGAGGCCAUGCUUUCUAAAUGUGACCAUCUAGACAGACAUGAUGUUGUCCCUGCUCCAGAGUCCUGUGGCAGACCCUGAGUGUGAAGCCCGGAAGGUGUCUUGCAAGCCAUCACUGAGCCAGUUCCACAAGGUCAGCAAGGAAGUCAAGCAGGAGCUCACACACAGUGGCUCAGGUGACUCCCUGAAGUGGAUCCUACGGCUCUCUCACAGCAAGAGUGAUGAAGUCCCAAGUGAUGAAGAACUACAUGUCUACGUGAACAAGGUGACUCCCCUCCACUUCCUAGUGGCCCAGGGUAGCUUGGAGCAAGUGAGACUUCUGCUGUCUCACGAGGUUGAAGUGGACUGCCAGAUGGCAUCUGGCUAUACACCACUCCUCAUUGCCACCCAGGACCAGAAGCCUGACCUCUGUGCCCUGCUCCUGGCACAUGGUGCUGAUGCGGAUGAGGAUGGCUGGGCCCCACUGCAUUUUGCAGCCCAGAAUGGGGAUGACCACAUUGCUUGUCUGCUCCUGGACCAUGGUCAGGUGCAUGAGGGCUGGACCCCACUCCACUUAGCUGCACAAGAUAACUUUGAGAAUGUGGCACAGCUUCUAAUCUCCCGACAGGCUAACCUCAACCCUCAGGAGACCGAGGGCAAGACACCCCUCCAUGUGGCCAUACUUGGCCACAUUGGUCUGGUCAAGCUGCUGAUAGGACAUGGGGCUGAGUUAGAUGCCCAGCAGAGAACCCUGAGGACACCCCUUCACCUGGCAGUGGAAAGGGGAAAAGUGAGAGCCAUCCAGCACCUGCUGAAGAGUGGGGCAUUCCCUGAUGCCCUUGACCACAGUGGCUACAGCCCACUGCACAUUGCUGUAGCCAGGGGCAAGCAACUUAUCUUCAAGAUGCUGCGCAGACAUGGGGCCAGCCUUGAGCUACCCACACAACAGGGAUGGACACCCCUGCACCUAGCAACUUACAAGGGCCAUGUGGAGAUCACUCAUCUGCUGGCCAAGAGCCGUGCAGACUUGGAUGCUCUUGGAAGCAUGCACUGGACUCCCCUGCACCUGGCUGCCUUCCAUGGGAAGGAGGUGGUGGUGUUGGCACUGCUACAGGGUGAGGCCAACCCCAAUGCUGCUGAGCAGUCAGGCUGGACUCCUCUCCACCUGGCAGUGCAGAAGGGGACCUUCCUGGGCAUUGUCCACCUUCUGGAGCGUGGUGCUGAUGUCCAUGCUUGCAACAAGGUGGACUGGACACCUGCUCACCUGACUACCCUCAAGGGCAGCACAGCCAUCCUCAAAGUGCUGGUCAAGGCUGGUGCCCAACUGGACAUCAAGGAUGAAGUUGGCUGCACACCUCUGCAACUGGCCCUUCGCAGUCAAAAACAUGGGAUAGUGACCUUCCUGGAGGGCAAGGAGACUUUGAUAGCCAUUCUGGGAGUUUCUGAGCAUGGAUCCCAGACAGAAGUUUAGAUAACAGGCCUCUUUGCCUGGAA